CAGCCUCGCGCCCACACGCUCGCUCGUGCUCAGGCGGCCAGGGCCUCGCGCAGCAGCUCCGGCCUACUCCUAUAAGAUAACCCGCGCUGUCGCGCUCCCUUUGCCAUUAGCCAUUCGGACGUCGCUUAUUCCACUCCUCCUAACGACACAAAGCACAGCAACAAAGCGGGAGGCGGCUUUGCACGGUCGAGUGCGCUCCCUUUUCUUCGCUCUAGCUACCGGUGCGAUGCUGACGAGGCGGCACGGAGGGUUCCGGCUCGGCCGGAAGCUGCUCAGCGUCUGGCGCUGGGCGCUCUGCCGCCGCCGGCGCCGCCGCGGCCGCGGGUACCUCCGCCUGCAGCCCUUCCAAGCAGCAGGGGGCGCCAACAGCAAGAGGUCCCCCCUGGCGGCUGCAGCGGUGUGCGCCAAGAAGCAGCAGCACGAGCAGCAGUUCGUGGUGCAGCGCGACGACAACGACGCCUCCUCGCCGCGGAUGCUGACGUGGGGGCGGUCGCUGGCGCGGCGGAUGAGGCUGCAACUGCGCCGGCGCGGGGGCGGCGGCGCCAAGGACCGGCUGCUGGAGGACGCCGCCGCGGAGGCCACCACGCCCAAGGGGCAGGUGGCGGUGUACGUGGGCGGCGCCGAGCCCGGCGGGGAGUCGAUGCGGUACGUGGUCCCCGUGGUGUACUUCAACCACCCGCUCUUCGGGGAGCUGCUGCGGGAGGCCGAGGAGGAGUUCGGCUUCGAGCACCCCGGCGGGAUCACCAUCCCGUGCGCGGCGUCCCGGUUCGAGCGCGCCGCCGCAGUGGCCGCCGCGGGCGGCGGCGGGAAGAAGGUUCCCGGUUGGUGGUAGCAGCACGUGGCCACCCCGGUGGCCGGUGUACAUACACACAUGCCCCUCAGGAGAGGAGGAUCCUGAGUCCCAUGGGGAUUAUCGAUCCUUCUGCUAUUUUUUUUUCUUCUUGUCGUUAGUUUUGACUUUUUUUCGGUUCCUUGCCCCGUUUCCUUGUGUGGAUUGAGCAUGUGCAUGGGAUGCGAGGAGGCAUAGUUUUAGUUUGAGAGGUGAACAAGGGCAGGCUAUUGUUUAGCUAGGGUCAGCAAAAAAAAAAAGGUCUGAUUCCAACACAACUUGCAAGUCCAUGUUAGAAAGCAUCAAGUUUGUACGUCAGGCGUGUGAUCUGGUGAUUCUCUUGCUUGCUGGAACUAACCCAUCGAUUCCAUAUGUUGAAGUGAUUUGUUUGCACUGAAAAGGGAACACCUGGAGCCCAUGAAA